UCCGGUUGCUUAGCUCCGCCUCCGAAACGAAAGCCGCGACGUGAUUGGCUGCGAGGAGAGCCAGAGCCAUGGGCCGAUGGGUCUGCUGAUGAAUAUUCAUGAAGCCCGGGGCCGCGUGCGUGCCUCAGCGGUUUAUCAUCGGAACAGAAUGUGUGAUGAGCUGAUGUGUGGGGGAAAAAAAAAACUGCAGCAGAAGCCUCAAAGUCAGGCAGUAGGACGGCGGGGAAAGUUGAAGCGGAACCUUUAGUUAGAUUGUUUUCAAUCUGAGUCUGUUUUUAUGUUUGCAGUCUGUUCCACCUGUCAAUCUGAGGCCACUCCCCUUUUCUGUUGUCAACCUGUCCAGCUGUGGGUUACUUCAGGUCAUAGCAGGAGUCGGGUAGCACUUACAAGAACUGGACUUACAGGUUUGUCCGGAACGCCCUAAACCUGCUGCUCCUCUAUAAAAGCCCGUCUAGUCGCGGAGAGCUGAUCAGAAACUACAGAGACAAAACCAGACAAGAACAAGACACUCCUAACUCGCUAAGAUGAUGAUGCAGCUCCCGGAAACCACCAACCAGAAGAACUCCCUCUUCAACGCCAUGAACCGCUUCAUCGGCGCCGUCAACAACAUGGACCAGACCAUCAUGGUGCCCAGCCUCCUGCGGGACGUCCCGCUGGACGAGGAGCGGGAGAUGAGCUCCGUCAAGUCGGACCUGGACGAGGGGGACAUGUACAGCUACUACCAGCUGCUCAAGUCCAUCCGCAGGGACAUCGAGUGGGGCGUGCGGUGCGCCGACGAGCGCCGCAAGGAGAGCAUGAAGAUCACCCGCGCGCACUCCUCCGCGUCCGUCUCGUCCUCCGGGUCCUCCUCCUGCUCCGAGGAGGAAGACGACGAGGAAGCGGAUCUGGAGAAGCAGUUCCAGUACCACCUGACCGGGCUGCAAGGGGUGCUGUCCAAGCUCACGCAGCAGGCGGACGUUCUCACCAAGCGCUACAAGAAGGAGCUGGGCAUCGGAGGAUGGGGCCAGUGAGCGCGCGGACGCACCAUCAGGACUCUGAACUAACUUUUCCUGGAUGGGCCAAAGCAUCAGAGAAGAACCUUCCUGGAGUUGCUCCAAACUUGACUGUAGAUGUGUCGAACCUGGAAAAAAUCUCCUUUUGCACUCUAAUGUGUUGUACACAUCACACUUUCAGGCUAGACGCAAAUGAAACAUAUUUAUUUCAUGUAUUUAUUACCUCAAAAUGUUGGCCUUCAAACGUUAUUUCAAAGCUGGUCGAACCACCCCAGGGUUGGGGAUGCCAGCACAAGACUCAGCAUCCUCCCAGAUGAUGAUGAUGUUGUGUUUUCGCUCCGAUAUGUUUAUGCUUUAUUGUUUAAUGGCUCUUUGUUAGGAAGGAGGCAGAUGCUGACUGUAGCUGCCCAUGAUCUCCUCAUGUCCUACAUGCUCGAUGAACUGGAAACGACCGAUAAUUCUUCUGCAUCAAGAAUAAUGAGGGUUUCUAUGAGAUGCUGUGCUUUGUAAUGUUGUCAUUAUGCCUUUGAAUAGAUCCAUCUGUCAAAACAAGUUGCUAUAUUUUGCUUGCACCUUAUGCUGUUUUUGUACUGAUAAAUGUUUGUACAAUAAAAACUGUUAUUUUUUACAAAGGAA